GAAAGAGUACAUGAAUUAGUAAAAGAACUUGAACUUGAUUAAAUUAUCUCCAAGAUCAUUUCCAGCUCCAAUCACACUCCAGCUCUGGGCCUGAAACCACCCAAAGGUCUGAGUUUCUCACCUGUCCCAGCCCAGGGGGAUGAGCCAUGACAGUACUAGAGAUUCUACUCAUCUGGGAACUUGCGACUAGCCCUAAGCCAGAGCUCCCCGGAUUUAAGGAGCCCACGCGGCGGCCACCUGGCGCCUAGGCCACACCCCCACACGAUUGGCUCUCCGAUUGGACAGCUCGUGGAGGUGUGGCCGGAAGAGGCACAUCUGAUUAGCAGGGGCGUGACCAAAGGUUUGCGGAGCAACAUGGCGGAGCCCACGAGGAAGCGGCCUUGUGGCCCGGGUGAACAUGGUCAAAGAAUUGAGUGGCGAAAAUGGAAGCAACAGAAGAAAGAGGAGAAAAAGAAGUGGAAGGAUCUUAAGUUGACCAAAAAACUGGAGCGGCAGCGGGCACAAGAGGAACAGGCGAAGCGCCAGGAGGAGGAGACAGCUACACAGAGGGAUGACCAUGAAAUGAGAUCUCACUCUGGCUCAGGCUGGUCUCGAAAUCGUGAGCUCAGGAGUGCAGUGACAUCAUCAUACCUUGAACUCCUGGGUACAAAUGAUCCACCUGCCUCAGCCUGCUGCAUAGCUAAGACUAUAAGGCGGCCUUAUACCCUGAGUGUGGCCUUGCCGGGCUCCAUCCUGGACAACGCCCAAUCGCCUGAGCUUCGCACCUACCUCGCUGGCCAGAUUGCCAGAGCCUGCACCAUCUUCUGUGUGGAUGAGAUUGUGGUAUUUGAUGAAGAGGGCCAGGAUGCCAAGACUGUGGAGGGGGAAUUCACGGGAGUCGGCAAGAAAGGCCAGGCAUGUGUACAGCUGGCCCGGAUCCUGCAGUACCUGGAGUGUCCACAGUACCUGAGAAAGGCAUUUUUCCCCAAGCACCAGGAUCUACAGUUUGCAGGGCUCUUGAACCCCCUGGACAGCCCUCACCACAUGCGUCAGGAUGAGGAGUCUGAGUUCCGGGAGGGCAUCGUGGUGGACAGACCCACCCGGCCGGGCCAUGGCUCCUUUGUCAACUGUGGCAUGAAGAAGGAGGUGAAGAUUGACAAGAACCUGGAGCCUGGACUUCGCGUGACUGUGCGACUGAACCAGAAACAGCUUCCAGAAUGCAAGACCUACCGUGGCAAGGUUGUGUCAUCACAGGACCCUCGCACCAAAGCUGGUCUCUACUGGGGCUACACCGUCCGACUGGCCUCCUGCCUCAGUGCUGUGUUUGCUGAGGCCCCUUUCCAGGAUGGCUAUGACCUGACCAUUGGGACGUCAGAGCGAGGCUCUGAUGUGGCCUCUGCCCAGAUUCCCAGCUUCAGGCAUGUGCUUGUGGUGUUUGGGGGCCUCCAGGGGCUGGAAGCUGGAGUGGAUGCUGACCCCAACCUAGAGGUGGCUGAACCCAGUGUCCUCUUCGACCUGUAUGUCAACACCUGCCCUGGCCAGGGCAGCCGUACCAUCCGCACAGAGGUGGACCACCCCAGUCUACCUGUCCCUGAGGCUCUGCCCAGACCAGCUGCAAUGAGCCUGCCAGCCAUACCCCAGAAGCCAUCCUCAUCUCUCUGGCCGCCCUGCAGCCUGGCCUCACCCAGGCGGGUACCCAGCCCACCUGACAGUUCAUUUGCGUCCAAAGCAGCAGUGAAGCAGCAACAAAAGCAGGAGUUCCUGUGGGUCACCAAAGAUGGAUACACCAACACUUGUCUCCAAAAAUAACCACUUUUAAUGCAAUCCCAGCCCCACAUGCCACAGUCUCACUGGGCUGCCACCCUCACUUGCUGCCAGCAGUGAUGGCCUUGAGGCUGCCUCCCCGCGCCAGGAUAUUUGGCACGAAGAGCAGCCCGGAGGCCCUCUCAAUGCUCUCGAUGGGCACCAGGAAGCGUUCCAGCGGGAUGGUCUCAUCCACAGGCGCAUUGGGCAUCACAUAGGAGCGGAGUUCGAUCUGCCCACCCAUUGCCUCCAGGAUGAGCACCUUGAAGAAGUGCGUGGGCACUGCCACAUGGUUCUUGCCAAUCACCUGGUACUUCACAUAGGAUUUCCCAUCAGCCUCUGUCCUGUGGGCAGACCCACGCACACAUGGGGAAGAGAGCCAGGUUGAACCCAAAGCCACCUUCUCCAGGAAGUCCUCCCUGAUCUUAGGCUUCUGUCAGCAGGCAGGGCCACUCCCUCACUGUGAGAUUCUGUGUCCUCCCUGGCUCCUUGCAGCUGGGAGCUCUUUCUGGGGUGGAGACUCUUUCCUCUGGUUUUUCUCAUGCCCAACAGUGGGUCAGGCAGGAUGCAUAACAAUAAAUGUUGCUGAAAGAA